GCAAAAAAUUCAAAUUUUCACUUAAGUCCAUAUUGCUGUUCUUCUAUGUCUAACGCAUGCACUGCAAUAUAGCCAUAUGUAACAUUUUAAUAUUAUUCAAUGCAGUGUAAGAUAUUUCCCUAUUGCAGGUUCAUAGUAUUGUGGUGCAAUAGAGCCGUAACUGUCAGUUGUGGCCAUAUGAUUCUUGAAUACUUGCGCAUCAUGGUGCGCUACCGCCGCAAACAACAGUUAUGGCUCUAUAGCAUCAAAAACUAUUUUGCCGCUAUAAUUAUGACGCAGUUGCUUUCCUACCAACAACAGUGAAGUGUGUGUUUGUUUCCGCUGGCAACAGAUUAAUUUGGUGUUAAGUGAACAAAUAUUGUAUCUUGAGCGAGUAUUGCACAUUCGUUUGUUAUUAUGUCUCGUGCAAAAAAGUUAGUAAAGUUGGCUUUAGAUAAAGAUAACAUUGAAAACGAGGAUCCGAAAGAGAGUGAGAACACCUCUAAACCAAAGAAAACGUAUGCUGAACUUCAAAAUUGCCAGUUGGUACCUAACGUAAUAUUACAAGAAUAUUCUACGAAUCAACCCUUUUUAUUGGACUUAGAGGUAGAUUUUUCGAAAUACAAUGAUCCCAUUUUUGGAUUAGAGGCACAUAACAACUCAACAACGCUAGAUUUACCAGGAUGCUCAGGGAAUACUGCAGUGUCAGAGAUUAGUAAUGGACAUGUUGUGACUCCCUUGGACGACCAGCAAGCGGAGGAGAUUAAUAAUGAUGCAGCCAUUUUUGACUCAGAUGAUUCCAUUAAUGAUAAAGAUUACACACCUUCAGGUGAUGAUUCUAGUUCACCAGAAAACACAAGCUCUGAAAUCGAAGUGAACCCUAAUAAUGAUGUAGAAAAACGGAUUAUCGCUGAAGCUCAAGAUGAAAAGAAAAAACCACGUAAAAUAAUCGCUAGGCCCGAAACUUGGAAAAGGAACGUGAAAAAAAUGAGGGUAAAUUCAGGUUUGCCCUAUGUGUCUGAAGGUAAUAGGGAGAUUCCUGGAAAACGUUUAAAACCUCCUUGUACAACAAAAUGCAGGUCAGCGUGUACUACUAAAUUUACCGAUGCUGAUAGACUAACUAUUCACACUUGUUUUUGGAAACAAGGAGAUAAUGCUCUUCAAAGACAAUUUGUAAGUAGUCACAUGGAAACUCUAAAAGUAAAAUACCGUCGAGCCAUUGAGGGAAGUAAUCGCAGUGAAAAUUUGUGUUAUUACUUGACGCUGCGAGGAAUUAAAAUACAAGUGUGUAAAACAUUUUUCAUGAACACCCUGGACAUUGGUGAUAAGUUUAUAAGGACAACAUGGAAAAAAUCGAAUGGUAAUGCUCUGAUAGAAAGAGAUCGAAGAGGAAACUUCAAUAAGAGGGAAACAAUCAAUACUUCGAUUAAAGAAAAAAUUGUUGCUCACAUCAACUCUUUUGAACGAAUAGAAUCUCAUUAUCUCAGAGCACAGACGACACGAGAGUACAUAGACGGAUCUUUAACGAUAGCGCAAAUGUAUCGAUACUAUAAAUCCGAGCAAGAGGCUGAAGGGUUGCCAGUUGCCAAAAAAUGUUACAGUCAUUUGGAGAAUACGAACAAAAGGUACGAUCAUUGA